AGUAACUCUGCACACUUCCUCGCUAAUAAUGGUUCCUAAGGUGGCGCUGCUGGCGCUUAUUCUGGUCGCUAGUGUCUUGACGAUUGCAGCCGAAAAAGCUCGAUUCGAUAACUAUCGCCUCUACCAGAUUCCUCUCGAUAACUUGCAACAGCUGGAAGUGUUGCAGGCUGUUGAACAGUUAGGUGACGGUUAUAGCUUUUGGGCUGAACCAGCGCAUGUCAACAGCAGAGCUGAUCUCGUGGUACCGCCUCAUAAGUUCGCGGAGUUCUCCGAGUUAGUUGAUCGGUAUGGAUUACGAGCAGACCUGAAGGUUUCAAACUUACAGCAACUGUUCGAUUAUGAACUACGGCGUACAACGAAGGAAGCUUUCGGAUGGAACGCAUAUUAUACCCUGGAAGAGAUUUACGCUUGGAUGGAUGGCCUUGUGGCACAGUAUCCCACGGUAUUAACUGCGAUAGUGGGAGGAUCUUCUUACGAGGGUCGAGAAAUACGCGGUGUCAAGGUUUCCUAUAAAGCAGGCAAUCCGGGUGUUUUCAUGGAAGGCACAAUUCAUGCUCGAGAGUGGGUCAGUGCAGCUACGUUGACAUGGAUUCUGAAUGAACUGCUGACUUCUUCGGAUGAAAGCGUGCGAAAUAUUGCGGAGAACUACGACUGGUACUUCUUCCCAGUGACUAAUCCGGACGGCUAUGUAUUCACGCAUACGUCAAAUCGUCAGUGGAGAAAGACUCGCCAACCGCACAGUAUUCUCUGCUUUGGGGCCGAUCCUAAUCGCAAUUGGGGUUACAAUUUUAUGCAGGGAGGAGCAUCUAGUGUACCCUGUUCCGAUACCUUCGCUGGGCCAGAAGCGUUUUCAGAACCGGAAACUAAAUCACUUUCGGAGUAUUUUACAUCCGUCCAAUCUUCGAUCAGCACAUAUCUCUCGUUCCACUCUUACUCUCAAUUGUUACUGUUACCUUAUGGACACACUACCGAGCCCCUGGAUAACUAUGCAGAAAUGAUGGAGGUAGGAACCAAAGCAAUACAAAAACUACAGGAACGUUAUGGAACGGUGUACAAGAUUGGUAACAUCGCCGAAGCUAUCUAUGUAGCAUCUGGAGGCAGUAUCGACUGGAUCAAGGGUGUCUACCAAACUCCGAUUGUCUUCGCCUACGAACUGCGUGAUACGGGAACAUAUGGAUUCGUGCUACCACCGGAGCAAAUCAUUCCCAACUCCGAGGAAACUCUUGACUCGAUUAUUGUUAUUCUGGAGGAGGGAAAAAAUCGUGGAAUUCAUUCGUUAGUAACUCUGCACACGUCCACGCGAAUAAUGGUUCCUAAGGUGGCGCUGCAGGCGCUUUUUCUGGCCGCUAGUUUCUUGACUAUUUCAGCCGAAAAAGCUCGAUUCGAUAACUAUCGUCUCUACCAAAUUCAAAUCGAUAACUUGCAACAGCUGGAGGUGCUGCAAGCCAUUGAACAGUUGAGUGACGGUUAUAACUUUUGGGCUGAACCAGCGCAUGUCAACAGCAGAGCCGACCUUGUUGUACCACCUCACAAGUUCGCGGAGUUCUCGGAGCUUGUAGAUCGGUAUGGAUUUCGAGCGGACCUGAAGGUUUCGAAUCUACAGCAACUGUUCGACGACGAACUACGGCGCACAACAAAAGAAGCUUUCGGAUGGAACGCGUAUUACACCCUGGAAGAGAUUUACGCGUGGAUGGAUGGUCUUGUGGCACAGUAUCCCACGGUAUUAACUGCGAUCGUGAGUGGAUCUUCGUACGAGGGCCGAGAAAUACGCGGUGUUAAGGUUUCCUACAAAGCAGGCAAUCCGGGUGUGUUCAUGGAAGGCACAAUUCAUGCUCGAGAGUGGGUCAGCGCAGCUACCUUAACAUGGAUUCUGAAUGAACUGCUGACUUCUUCGGAUGAAAGCGUGCGAAACAUUGCGGAGAAUUACGACUGGUACUUCUUCCCAGUGACUAAUCCGGAUGGUUACGUUUUCACGCAUACGUCGAAUCGUUUGUGGAGAAAGACUCGCCAACCGCACAGUAUUCUUUGUGUUGGGGCUGAUCCUAAUCGUAAUUGGGGAUACAAUUUUAUGCAAGGAGGAGCAUCUAACGUACCCUGUUCUGAUACUUACGCUGGACCGGAAGCGUUUUCUGAACCGGAAACUAAAUCACUUUCGGAAUAUUUCUCAUCCGUCCAAUCUUCGAUAAGCACAUAUCUCUCGUUCCACUCCUACUCUCAAUUGUUACUGUUACCUUAUGGACACACUACCGAGCCCCUGGAUAACUAUGCAGAGAUGAUGGAGGUAGGAACCAAAGCAAUACAAAAACUACAGGAACGAUAUGGAACAGUAUACAAGAUUGGUAACAUCGCCGAAGCAAUCUAUAUCGCAUCUGGAGGAAGUAUCGACUGGAUCAAGGGAAUUUACCAGACUCCGAUUGUUUUCACUUACGAACUGCGUGAUACCGGAACGUACGGAUUCGUGCUACCACCGGAGCAGAUCAUUCCCAACUCCGAGGAAACCCUUGACUCGAUUAUUGUUAUUCUGGAGGAGGGAAAAAAUCGUGGGAUCCAUUAGACGCGUAUAAUCACCUUCUGAUUACAAUGCAACUUAUUUUUGUUAUCCACAAUUCCGAUGACAUUAUCUUGAGCUCAAAAGAGUAACCAGUAGCGUGUGAACCGAUAACAUGACAUCGGCGUACGAACGGAUUAGAUAGACGUGUAAUCAAAUCUUGCAGUUUAAGCUGAUUUUUUGGGGGGUAUUUGCACUGUUUCGAUUUUUCAUAUACUGAUUGUGAUGUGGACUGCUAAGAAACUGCUACGACUUCUCUCUCGCGAGUGUAUCAAUAGAAGCUUGUAUUCAGUUUGAUCAUUUAUCGCGGAAAUGGCUCUACUUUUUGCUGGCCGCCUCACGCUGUGGUCUUUUGUUUUGUAAGGUGCUGGAAAAUCUGUGAACAGACACUUGAGAAGACGACUCUGCCGCGGGCUGUGAUUUUGACGUAUGCGCCAGAAGCACAAAAUCGCUCCAGAUUUUGUCUAAAUCGUUCGCAAAUUAACAGAAGCGCUUUAUUACGCAAUCUGAUCUGAUAGAAUCUAAGUAAAUAUGUCGAAAAAUGUAUCCCUUUGCUUUGAAACGUUGAUUUAUGUAAAUGCAUUAAAUUCUAACGCUAAUGUCACUUCUUCUACAAAAUAGUAAAAGCAUUUCAACGUUUUUCAUGAAAAGUGACGUCGGUGAGCCUAAACAGUCUAGUUUGCCAUGCGUACUGGUCUGUCAGCAGCAAGGAUAUGUUAAAAACUAGCUGACCCGGCAGACUUUGAACCACCUAUUUUUCUUUUAUUUAAUUUUGAACAUUCACGACUCCACAUGUUUUUAUUUCAAAUAUUCGAGGCUUUAGUUUUGUUACUGGAAAGAAACAGUUUCUUUUGCUCACACAAAAAGAAACAGUAUUAAGUUCACACAUAAAAGAAACAG